UAGAUAUUUAGAUUUAUUUGGAGUUUAGUUUAGAACAGGCUUGUCCUCUCUUAAACGAGGUCGUGUUUGCUUUUGAAUUUGAAGUGAUUUGAUGACGAUGGAGAUGAAUAUGCUGGCUUCUUCGUUCACUGGUUAUGCAAAACCCUUUGCAAGUGUAAACCCUUCUCUUCUUCCCUUCAGGGCUUCUUCUCUGCGCCAUGACUACCCUCUUGCAAGCAAAAUUGUUGUUAAAAAUUUACCAUAUUCUACCGGUGAGACUACUUUGCAGAAGGAAUUUUCAAAUUUUGGCAAGAUAGCUGAAGGUAAAUUGGUUAAAGAUAUGAACACAAAAAGAUCUAAGGGUAUUGCUUUCAUUCAAUAUACAUGUCAAGAUGAUGCCAUGCUUGCACUAGAAACCAUGGAUCAGAAGGAUUUUUAUGGUCGAACAAUUGGCGUGGAAAUUGCAAGACUGGGUUGGGAUGAUUUUGGUGCAUCCCCAAGGGCCUCAGGACCCCCAAAGAAGUGGCAUUUACCUGAGCAAGGGGAAGUGGUAGAUUGCUGGUACUGAUCAAAUUCAUUAUUGAGUAAAGCUGUAGAAGAGAAAAUGAUGGAACAACAAAUAUCAAGUUAUACAAGAAUGGCUAUACUAUAGGAUUGAUGGAACAUUAUAUUUUAGUAAUAAUAUUGAUGCAAUACUGUAGUUCAUGUGAUCUCUCACGGUACUCUUCAUUUUGGCACUAAAUAAAAUGUAGUCCUUCAGGAAAUUAACUUUGAUCAAUCUGUAGAGCUCCUACAAUUAUAAAUUUUACUAUACUUGUAAGAUUCCGAUGAUUUUCAUUCAUUAAUUUUGAGUUACUACUCUACAUUUGAUGCUGUA